GCGCGAGCGUCGGAGGCCGCGCUGAUCAGUCCGCGCGGGACGCUCGAGGAGCGAGGAUCGUGUUCACGUAUUGCCUUGCUCUCUCGAAAUCUCUCUCAGGUGCGUCGGAUAGUAAACGCGAGGCGAGAGAGAAAAGCAGCGCUAGUUUUCGCGCCCGAGUUCCGUAGAAUCCAAGAUUGAGAGAAGAGACGAAAAACGGCGGCGAUCAUAGAGAAGAAUUUUUUGCGGGACGACCGGGACUCCGGAAGUUUUGAAGCACAGAUGGUGAGAGGAUCGUUACCUGAUAUCGCAGUGACGAUGGCAUCGGGCAGAGAAAUCCACGGUGCUUUCAGUCUCAUCGUGGACGACGUGGAUUCGCAGUCGAUCCUCAGCGACGGCUCCGACCUGGACGGAUUGUCGCGCGAGAGCAGCUCGCAGAACUCCGCGUCGCAGACGCCGCUUGACAGUCCCGGUGGACCACGCGAGAGGAUCAAGCAGAUCCAGGUUGAAGCCGAGACCAGACGGGGCGAGUUUGCCAGGCUGCUGGAGGAGCACGCGCAGGUGGUGCGCAAGCUGAAGAUGAUGGAGGCGGAGGAGCAGCUGUCGACGACGGCGACCGGAAACGCGACGGUGAUCGGCGGUGCGCACGCGUGAUUUUACGGUUUUUUUUACCACCGCCGUCGCCGCCAGGACGAGGGUGCCAUCGAGGGUUGGGACCAUCGCGUCGAUCACCGUACGACGACCAUCACCACCACCACCACUUCACCGCGUUUCUCCCUCGACCGCAAAACACCGCGAUCUGGAUAAGUCGUCGCGAUUUGCGAGCAAAAUGAUGCGAAUAUCGUUGGACGUCUGGAUUAUUGACCCUCGGAUGUGCCUGUGCGAAUGCAAAUGCGAAUAAGGUUUGUCGGGGGAUGAUGGAUGCUGCAUCCGAGAGUUAACUAUGAGGGAAAAUGAGGAAAGGGGAUAUGAAUUCGAGAGGACUUCUCUUGCUGUUUUAAUUUUUCUAUUACGUUAUUUUGUUUCGCCGAUUUUCGCUUCGGGUUAAUUCGAUCAUGCUUCGUUUGGAAAUUAAAAGCGAAAAUAAAUCCUAAACAGUAUAAAAGGAA